AUGAAAUUGAUGAAGGAAGUACUCGAAUUAGCAGGGGGAUUUGAUGUGGCUGAUUUGUUUCCUUCUUGGAAGUUACUUCACAAAAUGAGCGGUGUGAAAUCUAGAUUGGUGAAUGCACAUCAGAAGGUUGAUGAAAUUAUGGAGGACAUCUUAAAUGAGCAUAUUGAAAAUAAAGCAGUUGGGAACAAGGGAAUUGGUGAGUUCGGAGGUGAAGAUUUGGUUGAUGUUUUCUUAAGAAUUAAAGAGAAUGCCGAACUUCAAUUUCCAAUCACAAAUGACAACAUAAAAGCAGUGAUUUUCGAGCCUCGGGGGUUAAUCAGACGAGGCUCGGACCAAGUUAGAAAUUGGGAGCCAAAGCUGAAGCUCCCAGCUGCUAUCAGAAUCGCACCUGCGCUUGGCCAGCCGCAGGUGCAAGUAAUGCAGGUGCGAAGGAGCAGGCGCAAAAGCGGAAAUAGCGCAGGUGCGAGCGCCUUGGCCGCACCUGCGGACGUGCAGAAGCGGCUCACUUCACCGCAUGACCUGAGACAGGUACUAUCGGAGGACCUACCGGAGCAUACCCCAGAUAUCCCGAGACUUAGUGGUGAGCUGCUUCUUGAGUCGUUCUGCAACCCUUAA